UGCAUUCGAAGGAACCGGACGGAGCGUAUCAUGGCAUUGAGGAAUUUUGUUUUGUGUGUAAGCGUUGCCACGUCGUUCGCCAUAACAUUUGAUUUGAAGGAAAGAUCUUCCGACAACAAUCCUGAUCUGAACAGGCCGGACCUCGGCAUCAUGCAAGACGCGUGGAAGGUAAUUAGAAAUACUGAGAAUGUGGCAUACUAUAUGGUGUAUGUUAAUGAGUACAAUUAUAACUACAGCAGUAAGAGAUGUAUUCAAUUAAGGACAAGUGACCUGAACCAAACUUUGAAGACUGCGGUUUACAACUUGACCUGGAACAAGUACGACCGUUGGAGUAAAAGGAUGGAAGAACAGGUUACAUGGAUCAGUCAGGUUGCAGCAAUAAAACAAAAUAAUUAUUGUCAAGAAAAUAUCCUCCGAUUCUGGUACCCCGACGCACCAGAUUGCGGAAGCAGAACUGCAGAUGGAUCCUACAACUUAGUUGAUUACACUAAUUACCAAUGUGACUCAGGACUCCGAGAUCCUACAUAUUUUUCCCAUGAUGAGGAAUAUUAUGAUUCAUACGUCGUAUUCAGUGAGCCGUCGUGCUAUAUUUUGAGGACGCUAGAGCGUAGCGGAGUUUGCGAGUUCUGGUUGAAUGAAAUCUUGUUGAAUAAAACUUUAACAGAGUUGGAGGCUCAACCAGAAGAGGAGAGUGACAAAGACAAGAACACGGAGGACUGCAUAACAGAAAAUAAUGCUGAAGAUAAAUUGAAUCUUAAAUUAUUUAGAAAACUUCCCAGAAACUGUCGUGUAGCAUUUUUGUUGAGCUGUGGAGACCCGGAAACACUAAUGUAUAAUAAGACUGAGUGUGAAAAAAGUUGUCAAACUGAAACUACUUCACAGUCAGAGGAUGAUGACUAACACCGCUAUCAAAGCAAUACUAUUGCAGCUUCCGCGUCGUAAUCUGUAAUUUGUUCAUCGAAUUCUGGACAGUAUAUAUCUGUGUUUACAUCUAGAUGAAGAAUUAGAGCCCGCCAACUGUCACCCAAUUAGUGUAAAUUAUUCUUGGUGCAUCCGCAGAACACCGCGGAAUUCUGCCUUGUGUGAUUUCUUUGUAUCUAAAUAAUAAAUAUAUGUGUGAAAUAAAU